GAGCCCGCCAAGAAAGAACCGAUACUGACACGACCCUACCAUGAGAAAAUCGGAAGCGUCCAAAUCCCCACCUAUAAACAAGCCAACGACCACCGCUCCGCCCCGGCCGCUCAGUCAGUCCUGCCCCGGAUUCCCUCUCCCAAUCAAUCUCACUCCAUCACUCCGCAUCAUGGGCGGCGGCGGCCUCCGGCGGCGCGGCGCCGACCGGCCGGUGCCGCUGGCGCUGCUCCUGGUCCUCGUCGCCGCCGCGGGGAAGGGGAAGCAGGGGGCGCACGCUGGUAGCAGCAGCAGCGGCAGGCUGCAGUUCCGGCGCGACAGCGGGACGUUCAAGGUGGUGCAGGUGGCGGACAUGCACUACGCCGACGGCCGGACCACGGGCUGCGAGGACGUGCCACCGUCCCAGGUGGCCGGGUGCUCCGACCUCAACACCACCGCCUUCCUCUACCGCGUCUUCCGCGCAGAGGACCCCGACCUCGUCAUCUUCACCGGUGAUAACAUCUAUGGCGCGGAUUCAACUGAUGCGGCCAAGUCUAUGGAUGCAGCGAUUGCUCCAGCCAUUGACAUGAAGCUUCCUUGGGCUGCUGUUAUUGGGAAUCAUGACCAAGAGGGUACGCUAUCUCGUGAGGGUGUAAUGCGUCACCUUGUGGGCAUGAAGAACAGCCUUUCAGGACUCAAUCCCGAAGGAGUUGAAAUUGAUGGCUACGGCAAUUACAAUUUGGAAGUUUCUGGUGUUGAAGGAACAUCACUGGCUGAAAAAUCAGUGCUUAACCUUUAUUUCCUAGACAGUGGUGACUAUUCUACUGUACCAUCAAUCAAAGGUUAUGGUUGGAUCAAGGCCUCACAGCAAGUUUGGUUCCAACAAACAUCUUCAAGCCUACAGAGAAAAUAUAUGAAUGAAAAUCCGAAGCAGAAGGAGCCAGCACCUGGCCUUGUGUUCUUCCAUAUUCCACUGCCAGAGUUCAGCAGCUUUACAGCAGUCAAUUUCACAGGAGUAAAACAGGAGGGUAUUAGCUCAGCAUCAAUCAACUCUGGGUUCUUUGCGUCCAUGGUGGAGGCUGGAGAUGUGAGGGCUGCCUUUAUCGGACAUGAUCACAUUAAUGACUUCUGCGGAAAGCUCAGUGGUAUUCAGCUAUGCUAUGCUGGCGGAUUUGGUUACCAUGCCUAUGGGAAGGCUGGGUGGUCAAGGAGAGCGAGGGUGGUGUCUGUGCAACUUGAGAAGACAUACAACGGUGAAUGGCGAGGAGUGAAGUCCAUCAAGACAUGGAAGAGGCUUGAUGAUCCCCAUCUCAGCACAAUUGACUCUGAGGUCCUUUGGAACAGAGGCUCUAAUGGGAGGCGCAAGAAGAAUCCUGAUGGUAGUAACUCGUGAUCUGGCCAGAAAAUGGAGCGCCAUAUUGGAUCUCUGUGCAUCGAUGUGUAUUUUUGGAUGGCCAAUUUACCAUAGAGUUGCAAAAUGCAGAAAUGUGCAGAUGGGAAGAACAGGAAGAAUGCAUACGAAACGUGCACAGACUUUUGCAGUUGUAUUUUUUCCCAGUUUAGGAAAUUACAAAUCGUGAAGUAAAUUGUAAUUCAGUGCAGCUGUCAACUAUUUGCAAGUGGCCUCAAAUAUAGUGCAAUGGUCAAGGAAAUCGAGAAUGCAGUGCCAUUACAGUCUCA